AUGCACUUUGGAUUGGCCCAUCUCCAGAGUUACCUGCUGAAGAAGGUAAUAACCCAUAAUUAAAAUAGGUUGAAUUUUUACAACAAACUAGGUGCUACAAAUUCUUCUUGAUUUCAUGUAUUUUUACAUCGCUUUCAUUCCACAGGGAAGUCUCUAUGGGAGCUUGUCAUUGAACAAUUUGAAGAUUUACUCGUACGAAUUCUUCUGCUGGCAGCUUGUAUAUCUUUUGUAAGUAUAUCGCCUGGACUCUUUGUUUUUGAGAUGAGGUUUAGAACACAAUAACUUUGGCAAUGCUUGUCAUGGGACUGUUUACCCCUUUUAAUAGGCUAGCCCUAGAUAUCAAUGAGCCAUUAUUAUACAUAUACAGUGCCUUAGGAAAGUUUUCAGACCCCUUGACUUUUUCCACAUUUUGUUAGGUUACAGCCUUAUUCUAACAUUGAUUAAAUUGUUUAGUUUUUUCAUCAAUCUACACACAAUACCCCAUAAUGACAAAGCAAAAACAAGUUUUUAGAAAUGUCUACUAAUUUAUAUUUUAUAAAGGCCGGAAAUAUCACAUUUACAUAAGUAUUCAGACCCUUUACUCAGUACUUUGUUGAACCACCUUUGGCAGCGAUUACAGCCUCAAGUCUUCUUGGGUAUGACGCUACACGCUUGGGACACCUGUAUUUGGGGAGUUUCUCCCAUUCUUCUCUGCAGAUCCUCUCAAGCUCUGUCAGGUUGGAUGGGGAGCGUUGCUGCACAGCUAUUUUCAGGUCUCUCCAGAGAUGUUCGAUCGGGUUCAAGUCCGGGCUCUGGCUGGGCCACUCGAGGACAUUCAGAGACUUGUCCCAAAGCCACUCCUGCUUUGUCUUGGCUGUGUGCUUAGGGUCGUUGUCAUGUUGAAGGUGAACGUUCGGCCCAGUCUGAGGUCCUGAGCGCUCUGGAGCAGGUUUUUAGUAUGGAUCUCUCAGUACUUUGCUCUGUUCAUCUUUGCCUCGAUCCUGACUAGUCUCCCAGUCCCUGCCGCUGAAAAACAUCCCCACAGUGUGAUGCUGCCACCACGCUUCACCGUAGGGAUGGUGCCAGGUUUCCUCCAGACGUGAUGCUUGGCAUUCAGGCCAAACAGUUCAAUCUUGGUUUCAUCAGACCAGAGAAUCUUGUUUCUCAUGGUCUGAGAGUCUUUAGGUGCCUUUUGGCAACUCCAAGCAGGCUGUCAUGUGCCUUUUACUGAGGAGUGGCUUCCGUCUGGCCACUCUACCAUAAAGGCCUGAUUGGUGGAGUGCUGCAGAGAUGGUUGUCCUUCUGGAAGGUUCUUCCAUCUCCACAGAGGAACUCUGGCGCUCUGUCAGAGUGACCAUCGGGUUCUUGGUCACCUCCCUGACCAAGGACCUUCUCCCACGAUUGCUUAGUUUGGCCAGGUGGCCAGCUCUAGGAAGAGUCUUGGUGGUUCCAAACUUCUUCCAUUUAAGAAUGAUGGAGGCCACUGUGUUCUUGGGGACCUUCAAUGCUGCAGACAUUUUUUGGUACCCUUCCCCAGAUCUGUGCCUCGACACAAUCCUGUCUUGGAGCUCUAAGGACAAUUCCUUCAACCUCAUGGCUUGGUUUUUGCUCUGACACGCACUGUCAACUGUGGGACCUUAUAUAGACAGGUGUGUGCCUUUCCAAAUCAUGUCCAAUCAAUUGAAUGUACCACAGGUGGACUCCAAUCAAGUUGUAGAAACAUCUCAAGGAUGAUCAAUGGAAACAGGAUGCAUCUGAGCUCAAUUUCGAGUCUCAUAGCAAAGGGUCUGAAUACUUAUGUAAAUAAGGUAUUUCUGUAUUUUUUAUACAUUUGCAAAAAUGUAUAACCUGUUCGCUUUGGUAUUGUGUGUAGAUUGCUGAGGAUGAUUAUUUUUUAAUCCAUUUUAGAAUAAGGCUGUAACGUAACAAAAUGUGGAAAGUCAAGAGGUCUGAAUACUUUUCGAAUGCACUGUAUAUGAGUAUUUGAAGCAUGUUACUUUGAUCACAAACCUUUGGUUAAUUACGAAGAGGUGACAAUCCCCCCCCCCCCGACGUGCUGUGUUAAGUUGUCAUGUAAACAAACUCUUAAAUCAUCUGCUUGCUGUCCGGAGUUGCUGAUGAAAGCACAUCAAUAGGAGUGGGCUGUCUGGAAUGGAAAGGGAAAGUGUAUGUUUGGCAUAGUGGCAUGAGAGGUGUGGACAGCAAGUGCAAAUAUCUUCUGUUUGAAUGCCGAGGCUUAGGUUACAUUCACAGAUCAGGCAGCCAAAUAGCUGCGAAGGCUAGCUACACAUCUGAGGAAUGGUGACGACAGCUGUUGCUUGACUCGAGUUGCUAUCGCCAUGUGUCUAACAAGACAUUUGAUUAGUCUUUUACUCUUGCAGUGUAAUCACUACCUCUCCUAUCGGUGUUCUCGCUGGUCAUUUGCCCUUCUCCUCAUGUUUGGACAUUUGCCUCGUUAUUUGGAGUAAGAAGCCUAUUCACGAGCUAAAUGGUUUGAUGAAAAUGUAACUGACACCAUACAAUGAUCUAAUCUCCAUAGUUCUGCAGUAUUAUCAUUGUACUGCUACAUCAGCGUUUACGAUUCAUGUUCUUAGGUAGUGGACAGAUGGAUGUUUUUGCAGUGGAAAUAUGGAAAUGAUUUCAAUGUCGUGUCAGAUACUAUUUACCUUGACUUGAGGAGAUGGGGUCCUUUUGAGGCCAGUAUGGAGGUUUCAAGAGCUGGAAUCUAUAAUCCUGGUGUGUGUGGUGUGUCGGUCUGCUAGAGGAGCUGGUAUGUAGUGUGCAGUGCUCAGCCUUGCGAUAUGGUGGUGUUGAUGGCUGCUGUCUGACAGGGGGACAGCGCACCACUCAGGACCACAUUUGGGCUCUGACCUUCAGUGGGAGGGCAUUCCCCAGACCAAUGCACCACGCCUUCUCCCAUGCCCCUCACUCCCAUGCUUUUGGUCGGUGGUCAGUUAUUAAGUCAGAUCCAAUGAUUGGGGAGUAGUAGGCUAAAGAAAUAACAAACGGGUGCAGCAGAACUUGCAGCAGGGUGUUCAUGAUGCGGCCUGUGUUAUGCGGCUUUGUCCCGUUAAAGUGAAUUUGUGAAACGUGUCGUGUGCUCUUAUUCUCAGCAGAUAAGAUGGACAUUAUGCAAAUGAGUCUUGCUCCCAGAAGAUAGCUUUUUUUUAAUCUCCGGUUUGUGAGAGAGGAAGAGUGCCGAGAAGGAGAAUGGCUAUGUUAAGUGAAAUAUGUUGGUUGUGACUGAUUACUGCAGCAGUAGUCCUCGUAACUGGUUUGUUUGAGGUGGUAAGGUGGCUGUCUGUUGGUUUCAACUGCUCAUAUUUGACAUGCAUACUAUGCAUGAUACUGAUGGCUAUUGAGGGCCAUUGAUUAAUUUGUCCAAAUGUACUGUUAUGUGCUGACACAAAUGACAUAUAGCAUAACACAUCAAAACAAUCUGUUAUAAGCUGUAGUCUUACUGUAUUUUCGGUGUUCGAUUUAAGUGUGUUAUGUGCAAAAUGGACCAUAAAUGAUUGAAAUCAUAAGUGAUUUAAUUUGAAACUUUAAUUCAACAAUGUGCGUUAUAAAGAGUUGACUAUGUAUUGCUCAGUACAGCAAACUCUAGUUAAAUAAUCGCUCAAAAUAAAAUCACGGUACUAGAUUACAAUGAGGUAGGAUUUGUUAGAAUUCUGCAUUGUAAUUUCAGAAAAUGCCCAUAAUAUAUCUGGAACAAAUAGUGGAAUGAUAGUGUUUCACAGUAUUACUUACCCACCAGUGUUGUGAUUGGCUGUGAUUUGCCUAUUUAGUUCUCCCGCCAGAGCGACACCUGUUGUCAAAAUGUUCUGACUUUGUGGCUGUGUUAUCUAGUGGAAAUCGCUCAUUUCCUGGUUGCAAAAAAUUCUACACUGUUCAGUUUGUGACAACAAGCACUGAACAGUGUAGGGAAUCAUUGUACCAUCUAAAUCACUGUGAAAUAUAUAUUUUGAAUAAGAACAAAUAUUGUUUUUACAGCUGUUUGAAGCUGGUGGACCAAAACUGGAAAUCGGUUCUGGUCCAAUAGGUUCAAACAACUGUAAAAACGAUAUAUAUAUAUAUAUAUAUAUAUAUACACAGUAUAUCUGGCAGGAGAAAUCCAUAGGCUAAUAUUGCAGCCAAUCACAACACUGGCGGGUAAGUAAUACUGUGAAACACUAUUACUGCAGCUAUAUUAUGGACAUUUUCUGAAAUUACAAUGCAAAAAUUCAAUUGUGUUGAAUCCUGUGUUGCUUUUGAACUAGGAAAAAUGUGCCCGGUUUUGGUGUUAAAUGAGCUCAAAGCUUUAAAAAAAGGUUUAACGUCUAAAUAAAUGUGUUGUAUCCAUUUUGAUUAAAUGUGUUAACUCUUGCACUGAUAUCCUGCUGUAAAUCUUCUGAUGUAACUUUUUGUAUAAUCAUCUUGUUGUCAAUUAUGUAAAAAAUGGAGCUCACUCAACAAAAUGUACAUUUCCAUGCAUUUCUAUCACUGCUAAGUUAAUCAGUCGUAUCAGAAUGCAUACACUACUACCUAGCAUGGAUGGAGUUUGUCUGUUUUUCACAGCUCUGGCUAACAGCCAUGCUUCCUCCAUGGCAUUUAGUAGAACCUUAUUUCACAACAUACUUCAGGACAUAGUCUUCUUAACAUUAUGAUCGCUUCAAUGCAUAGUUGUAAGCGUAGUAAGUAACCAGGGGGAAUGAUGUUACGUACUCCUGUGCUACGUUCUAUGUGGAAUCAUGUCAAUAAUGGAUCAUCUCUUUGUCUUGUUUACCUUUAGGUCUUGGCCUUGUUCGAGGACGGAGAAGAAACAAUCACAGCCUUUGUGGAGCCUUUUGUAAUCUUACUCAUUCUUAUAGCCAAUGCCAUCGUGGGUGUGUGGCAGGUGAGAAACUUGCAUUACACAUUUUACAGUAUCUUGAACGUCAAUGUUCAGUGUGGAGUUGUAAUGUCAAUGACAUAGUAUUUCCGAAACUCUUGUCUUGGUAAAGGUUGUGAAAAGGAAUACUUAUUGUAUGCUACUAGCAGUGACUAUAGGCAAAACAGGCCACCAUAAAGAGUUGUAGGUAGGAGCAUCCACAAGUCUCAUACAUUCUGUUCGUUGGUCACAUGCCAGUUUUAUGCUUUCCUUUCUUUAAGGACUUGCUUUUCAAUGGUAGAGGAAAGUAGAUGAAAAAUGGGGCAAGGAAGAAAGUGGGUCAUUGACUACAUUUGAGAAGGUUUAGGCGUGACCAAAGUGACAAUCCUUCCUCUUGCCCAGACUUCACGUCUGUUGCUUUGAUUAUGUUUACACCCAUGGUCUCUUAGCCAUUCUCUAAUCCAUGUUUGCAGUCUUUGCAAAUAAACAUUUGUCUGUAGCAACUACCAACACAAAUUGGCUGGAUGCUCCCUUAGGAUUUAUUCAUUCAGUCUAAACUCCUGCAUGAGUUUGUCCAGAACUAGGUUACAUUUCCCCAGUCUGUUGGACUUCAACAUUCCAUAGAUGGCAUGUUUGUGAGCAAAUAGUCUUGAACAUUUGAAUCCAAUCCAUAAAGCAUUUCUGUGUAGCCAAAGAGUGAAAUAAAAUAUUGGCAAUUCAAUCCACAAGUUGAUAGUUGUCUUUUGUACUCUGUUUAGAUGCCCAUUUUCUUGUCAGAACUUUUGUCACACUGGUUGACUUUGCUUACACUGCCAGGCAGCUCCUAGGAGGAGUGUUCAGUAAGUCAAGCCAGUGCAUGCCAUGGAGUAGACUUGCUCAACAGGAAGUGAUGCAACUGGCCAUCCCUGCCCUGAUAGGCUCUCACUAACUGAUAUGUUGAAGUUGGCCUGGAAAUGUGGACUUUAGAACCAAGCAUUCUAUUCUAAGUGAUUGAGUGAACGUGAUUUUGGCACAGUGUGAAGUUUCUUAUUUAGCUGCUGUUUUCAUAAAUUACUAGUAUAUGUGACUUGCCCUAUGACACUGUUUACAACUUACUCUUCUGUUUUCUUAAGCUUAAUCAUUACAGAAAUUAAAGCUGCAAUAUGUAACUUUUUGGGCGACCUGACCAAAUGCACAUAGAAAUGCAGUUAUAGAUCUGUUAUUCUCAUUGAAAGCAAGUCUUCGAAGCGGUAGAUAUGUUCUAUGUGCGCUAUUUCUAUGCGUUUCGUUUUUGCGUAUUUUACUUUUGUUUUUGUACACUAGCAUCAAACAGCUAAAAAUACAAUAUUUUGGGAUAUGGGAAAGAUAUUUCACAGCGUUUUAGAUGGUACAAUGAUUCUACCCUAUACUUGCUUGUUUUGUCACAAACUGAAAUUAAGCAAACUAUUAGAAUUUUAGCAACCAUGAAAUGGCGGAGCGAUUUCUGCAUAGUGCAUCUUUUUAACUAUUUUCAGAAUUGAAAAUAUGCGAAGGCGAAUCUCCUGGUCCUUGUCAUGCGUUAACGGCACAAUCUCUUAAGAUUUCCUGUAGUCUAUGAAUUCACCAGCCCCAUCCAUCAGUUAGCAAAACAAAGUGGGAUGGUUAGGUUGUUGAAGUUAGACUGUGCCUUUUAAUGAACCCACAUAUCUGCAGUUUGUGGGAUAGUGAAAAAGUUAAAUAGGCUUAUUUGAAUUGGCAUCUAUAAUGUCGUCAGAUCAUCUAGUUCAAUUGAAAUAUGUGAGCAAACGGUCAACAUUUCUAAUCUACACAGGAACGCAAUGCUGAGGAUGCCAUUGAAGCCCUUAAAGAGUACGAGCCUGAGAUGGGCAAGGUCUACCGCCAGGACAGGAAGACCGUUCAGAGGAUCAAGGCCAAAGAAAUCGUGCCAGGAGACAUCGUGGAGGUUGCUGGUAAGGUGGCCCUGUCUUUCUCAGUGCUUUAG